CCACAACCGGUUUCGCAAGAUCCUAGACGGGUCGGUCCUUUCCUUCUGCUCAAUUCUAUCAUCUUCUUCGUAUAUAUACCGUAUCUUUUGUGUACAUAGCCUCAUACAUACAAAAUGUUCUUCUCCAAGGUCACCCUCGGCGCUGGCCUCCUCGCCAGCCUCGCGUCCGCUGCUCCCAGCCCCAUCGCCCGACGACAAGCACCAGGCGCUCAAAACGUCGUUUACUGGGGGCAAAAUGGGGGUUCCACCGUUGAAAACAAUGAUCUGUCUGCGUACUGCACCCCUACCUCCGACAUUGACAUUAUUGUCCUUUCAUUUCUUUACCAGUGGGGACAAGGAGCUUCAGCUUUGGGUGGUACGAUUGGCCAAUCUUGCGGAAUUACCACAUCUGGUCAGCCUCAGAACUGUGAUGCUUUGACCGCUGCCAUUACAAAGUGUAAAAACGCUGGUGUUAAGAUCAUCCUUUCUCUGGGCGGUGCCAGCGCUUACUCCAGCUUUUCAAGUGCGGACCAAGCCUCGCAGGCUGGCCAGUACCUUUGGAACGCUUAUGGAGGAGGUUCUGGUGUCACUAGACCUCUUGGAAACAAUAUUAUGGACGGAUGGGACUUGGAUAUUGAGAGCAACCCGGGUACAAACCAGUACUAUGCUUCUCUGGUCAACACCCUUCGAUCCAACUUCGCCAGCGAUCCCGCCCACAAAUAUGUCAUCACCGGCGCUCCCCAGUGCCCUCUCCCCGAGCCCAACAUGGGAGUAAUCAUCCAAAAUUCCGUUUUUGAUUAUUUGUGGGUGCAGUUCUACAACAACAACGAUUAUCCUGCCGACCCUUGCUCGCUCGGCUUGCCUGGAGACGCUCCGUUUAAUUACAACAACUGGACAACAUUCCUUCAAACAACCCCAUCUAAGAAUGCAAAGCUGUUUAUCGGUGUUCCCGCAGCUCCUCUGGCGGCGAAUGGUGGUCCCGGUGGCGCAGUCUAUUACGCAACUCCUUCGCAGCUGGCUACGAUUGUCAACGACGUCAAAGGGGAGUCUAAUUUUGGCGGUAUUAUGAUGUGGAGUGCUGGUUUCUCUGACUCGAAUGUUAACGAUGGUUGCAACUAUGCCCAGGAAGCUAAGCACAUCCUAUUAACUGGCUCUCCUUGUUCUUCUGGGCCUGUUAGUGUUUCACAGCCCUCAGUCCCGACUUCAACCACGACCUCCAAGCCUCCGGGAAGCUCUCAGACUCCUCCACCAUCCUCAGGUUCCGUUCCUCAGUGGGGUCAGUGCGGCGGUAAUGGAUAUACUGGACCUACCCAGUGUAUUGCUCCAUUUAAGUGCGUUGCAACCUCUGAAUGGUGGUCGCAGUGUGAGUAAAUGGAGAAUAGAGGCACCAACAUGUCUAAAAAGUACCUAUAUAUUGCCUAUUCCAUUUGGACUCGGCAGCCUUUCUUUCAUUCACUUUGACGAGACUUUUACUAAGCAGGCAUUUUACUGCUGCUACUUCUGCUGUAUAUACUAGGCUGCUGUAUAUAACUGCCCCAAUAUUUAUCACGUUACUUCC